AAAUCAUGGCGUAGCACACAAGUACACAGCCGAAUCUUCCAUUUGAAAGUGUAAAAUCAUCAACAACGCCGAAGGCAGUAGGGGUUGGGAACAUUGCACUGGAAAUGCCCCAUACCAUGUUGCCGGUCAUAGUGGCUCCAAAACCAGCUGCUACGCCUCUCUAUAUAAGUAGAAGUUACAAGCUCAACAUUUGCUCAAACCAAAGUACUAGAACAAAGACACAAACAUCUCUGAUACAACCACAUUUUGUAGCACUCAUCUGCUACACACCAAAAACAUCUCUGAGACCGCCACAUUUUGUAGAGCCGGCAACAUGAGUGUAGAAAUCCUUGACGGCAAGACCAUCAGGAGCUUCGUCGAGGACGAGGGCGCCUUCAACUCCUCCGUCGAUGGCCGGUUCGCCGCCCUCGACACCAACCGUGACGGCCUCCUCUCCUACUCGGAGAUGGCAAAGGAGCUCAUGAGCCUCAGGGUCCUUGAGAAGCAUUUCGGUGUUGAUGAGGCCGCCAUGAGCUCCGAUGAACUCGUGGAGAUGUACCGUGGCUUGUAUGCGCGGUUCGACCACGACGGCAAUGGCACGGUGGACUUGGAGGAGUUCCGGGCCGAGAUGAAGGAGGUGAUGCUCGCCGUCGCCAAUGGGCUCGGGUUCCUGCCUGUUCAGAUGGUGGUGGAGGAAGGCAGCUUCCUCAAGGUGGCUGUGGACAGGGAGCUGGCCAAGGCAGCCUGAAGCACAACAGUUUUGCAGCAAUAUUUUUUUUUACAUGUCUACUAUUUAUAAUUUUGUCAUUGCAUUCUUAUUCUGGAUUGAGCUAUUUCAUUUGCUAGUUAUUAUUGGCACACGGCAGAAACCAGGAGGUUGUAAUACUGUACUUUACAUAUCACACAAGCUAGCUGAACAAAUGGAAAUGUUGUGCGGAAUGCUCGUGAAAUCCUACAUUUGGGAAUAAAACUAACAGUUCUGGAAA